ACAGGUAAAAAGUGGCAACAUCAACGAAAAAUGUUGACACCAACCUUUCAUUUUAAUAUCCUUAAACAUUUUGUCGUCAAUUUUAACGAGGAGGCACAAUAUCUCGUAACAUUACUGAAAGAGGAAGGAAAAGGAGGACCGAUUAUCAAAGAUUUACAGGAAUUUUUACCUGUACAUACUUUAAACGCGAUAUGCGAAACGGCUAUGGGAAUCUCUUUAAGAGGAACGGGCGAAUUUGAAGCUAAAUAUCGCCAUGCCGUUCAUGAUUUCGGCAGAAUUGCGAUCUAUAAAGUAAUAAUAGCAGAAAGGAUACUAUUUCACGAACAAACUAAGGGGAAAUAUUUAGAAAAUGUUGAAGAAAUGGAUGAGAAUCAGAUUAUUUCCAAAGAAACCGGUCACGACACUAGGGCAAUGAUGUUGUGCUUUGCUCUGCUUGUUUUUGCAAAGCACAAAGAUGUUCAGGGACGUAUAAGGAACGAAGUGAACAUGGUUAUGCAACAAAAUGAUUGUAAACUGAUUAUUCCAUUGCUUCGAAAACUUUCUUACUUGGAAAGAUGUCUCAAAGAAUCACUUCGUUUAUAUCUAAGCGUUCAUUUUAUAGUUCGUUAUAUAUCUCGAUAUCUGCAGCUGAAGAAUUAUUUAAUCCCAACCGGUUCAAUCUGUAACAUAAACAUCUAUAAUUUACACAGAAAUCCAAAUAUUUGGAAAAAUCCUGAUCUUUUCGAUGCGGAUAGAUUUUUACCGAAAAAUGCAAAAGAAUGUAAUCUUUAUUCCUUCAUUCCAUUCAGUGUAGGACCAAGAAAUUGCAUCGAUAAAGCGUUGAAUCAAGAAAUCGAAAUUAGAUGA